CCUUCGACUCUAUCGCGCGGAAUGUGGGCUGGGAGCCUUUCUGCUCCCAGUGUAGCAGUCUCGUAUUGUCUUUGUUCUCGUUUGAGUACAAAUCUUUGUGUGAGCCUUACAGAGGUUCGUCUGUGAAGUGUUAGUGGUCAGUGAACAAAGUCAAGAAAAGUCUUUUUUCAAUAGCAUGAUCAUUUGAAGUGACAAAGGUUUUGAUUCUUUUUAUCGAGUGUUUUAUUGUCAUUUCUUGAACAGCAAUAUUUUCAUGAGUGAGUCAGCCAAUGAAAGUGAACGCGGCCUGCGGAUAGCCCUGGCAACCCGACGCGGCAGAUCAAGCCCCAUGGCCCAGAAUCGUCCUAAAGUACCCGAGAAAGGUUGAGCAGGAUGCGUGGCUGGUUCGACGGGUUCCGGUCAGAUGGCGGCCCCACCUUGUACGCCUACAGUAACCGCACCAGCGUGUACGGCGACAUCCCCACCAUCACCAUCUGUAUCCUCUUCCUCACCGUCUUCCUCGCCUUCCUCACCAUCUUCCCUGGAGUCAGAAAAGAGAAAUUCUCCACAUUCUGCACAGUAACCCUCAGUCUUCUCACCGGCAUCGUCAUAUGUGUGUGUAAUGUGGGGUCGUCAUGGCACGUGGCGGAUGGCGUCAUCAGAUCGUCCUACCGAGCCUUCUCUUCUCAUAAAAUCGACGCUACUCUGGGCGUUGCCAUUGGCCUUGACCACGCCAACGUCACCAUGCGCGUCAUCCCACAGCACAACCGAAGCCUUGACAUCAACUUUAACGAGCGAUUCACCUGGGUGAAGCCAACCGACAUGCGCCAACGGUACCGCGAGGCGCUGGUCAAGGGCCUCCCCUAUCCCAUCCUGACGGUGGCGGAGUACCUCGCCGUGGACAACGAAGGCUUCGCUUGGGGUCGUUACUACCGCACCUCCGGCUAUUAUUGCAGCAUAUUCCUGUGGUCGGCGUUCACCUCGUGGCUGCUGAUGAACGUGUUGCUGGUGAACGUGCCUCGCUACGGCGCCUACACCAUGAUAGUCACGGGGCUACUCAUGGGGUUCGCCUGCCUCAUCUUCUACCUGCUCAUGCCUCCCAAGCCUCUCGACAUCCGCUUCGAGGACGUGACGCUCACCUUCCGCCUGGGCUGGUGCUUCUGGCUCACGCUGGUGGUCGGCUGCUUGGUGACGGUGUGCGGCCUCGUCAUCUCUAUGGUGGACUGUAUCUAUCCCCAUAAGUUCUCUACUAUUUUAGAAGUUGACUUCGACACCCCGUACGAUCGUCACAUCAUCAUCGAGGACUCGCACGACACCAGAAAGAGGAGAUUCAAGAUCCCUCGACUGGAGGAGCCUCUCAACGCAGGCCUCAACGCUGGCUCCAGAUUGCUGCGUCGCCUCUCCAAACGAGGAGGCAAGGAGGCCACCACAGAAGAACCUGAGCCCAAUAGACCUUCUCCCGGCGUCGACAACCACGCAUUUGAGAUGGAACCUCCGAAGACCCAUUGGAAGUAUCCCAACUUUAUUAUGAGAACAGACUCCAAAAAGUCCACCAAGUCUGUCAACUUCCGCUCAGCAUCCCAGCGGUCCCAACAGUUCCUAGACAUUCCGCAGCUGCCGGACUACGAGGAGAAGGUGAAGCCAUUCCAGCGGUCUGAUUCAAAGCAGAGCAGCAUGUCUUCCAUAUCAGUUGCGUCGUCGCCCAAGAGCGUCAACUUCGAAGAGCCGACACUGCCAGGGCCCAGCGUCCACCCUAGCGGCACAGAGGUCGAGCCGGUGGUAGUGUCCAUCCUGCGACAAGACUCCAGCCAGUCUGUCGCUUCAUCUUCGUCUUCAUUUGGUCUUGGGAUGCUAACCAGAGGCCAGAGCAUCAACACAGCUCCCGCAGGCUCCAGCGAGGAGAAUGAGCAUCAGCCGGUCACCAGGAACAACUCCGGCAACAUUAUUGUGUUCCACCGCACAGAUUCCCGCGGUCAGCUACAGAGAUUAAACGGCGAGGUGGUGGAGAUCCAGACGGACGAUUCGACGGACGUGUGGUGAGGUGGCUGGGACACACGUAACUUAUACCUUCCCGGAGCCCCGCCAGGUCCGGGCACCACCGCCUGGAGGCCCUCCCUCUCUCCCUCCGUCACCUGCUGCGGGGUACAAGGGGCAUCCGGAAUUUUAUGUAUAUAUAUAUAU